AUGCUGCGUUAUCGCACUGGUGGUGUGGGCGGAUUCCCUAUCCACUAUGUGAGUACAUGGUGGCACCUCGCUCGACAUUACCCGCAUCGAGUGGCGUGUAUGCUGGCGUUGCAUCAUGGCCAUACAGUGCGACGUGUAUCGACGAGCCAUGUGGCAAGCAGCGAGGGGGGUGGGAACAUAGAUAAGAGGGAGCCGCAGCUUCGUCGUCUUGCGGUGGUUCGUCCCGAUCUGGUUGACGAAUGGGUGCCGGAGCUGAACGAUGCGGAUGUGAGCUCGGUACCGUGUACCAGUCAAAUGUCUGUGUGGUGGCGUUGUACCGCAUGCGGGGAGAACUACCAGUCAUCCGUGCGGGAUCGCGCUGUGGCCGAUAAAGGUUGCCCACGCUGCUCUCUUCUGCACCAGCCGCAAUCUCCACAGCACACGAACGGGAGUGAAAAUGGAGCUGUAGGAGACGCGACAACAAGUUCAGGAGGACUUCCAUCGCUCGCGGAGACGCACCCUUUGCUUGCUAGCCGAUGGGACUACGAGAAGAACGGUCUUCUUCGCCCAACAGACGUUACGAGCACAAGCGAGUUAAACGUUUGGUGGAGGCCGGCGGAGGGGAGGCCGGCGCAUGAGCCGUCUUUUCGUCGUCCCGUGUACGCCUUUGUUGAGGUGCCAUAUAGCAAGGAAGAGCAAAAGGAGUCUCUGGCGAAAAUGGAGCUUGACAUCCUUCAGCAAGUAAGGCAAGCUGCGAAGAUUGCCGAGGCACGGGAGCUUGACACUUUUCCUGCAGCUGCAACCAUGUUAGAUGACAUUGUCUCCAAUAGCCCUGAAUACGCGGCCUCGAUGCCAAUGACACGAGAAAAACAAGGGCAAGAGCUUGAGGGUGAGGAUCUGUACAAGGCCAUUGAACUUUGGGAACGUGGUGUGGAUGCCAAAUCGGAUGCCGACUAUCAACCGCUUUUUCAGUUCACGGAGGCGUGCGACUGGGGCGAGGUCUCUCGUGAAGAAGUUCUUACGGUAUACGAUCAAUUUGUGAUGGGGCACAAGCUACACAAACAAGCGAAGGAGGGCAAUAAUGCUGAUGCGAAUAACUCUGUUGAGUCCUCUUCUGUUCCCUCCGUGAUUACAGACCCGGACUGGGUACAACACUUCACUCUUUCUGUGGAUGAUGUCUCAAAGGAUUGCUUUGCCUCGUCCGCGCGCCUUGUUCUUCCGGAUGUGUUAUUCUCCUUGAAAUCGCCGCGACCACAAGAAGGAGGGAAGAGUGAAGAGAAGAAUGGCGAAGCCACCGUCAUCAGUCGCCGUGUUGACUCGCUACCGCCCCCACCAGAGGAGUACGAGACUGAAAUCCGCACAUCGUUUGCCCCUCGCAAGCGAUUUUACCCGCGCCCGCCACCGAUGCCGCCCAGCCGUGAGGAUGAACUGACGGAUUCGGUAGCCAUGGCAACGGAGGAAACACGAAAUCAGGCUGCGUCACACGAGGGAGAGACCGGGAACGGAAAAAGAGGUUCUUUGAGCAGAAAUGCACCGUCAGAGGCGUCCUUUGAGGUUUUAAGCCUCGCUGACUCACAAAGUCUUCUGCGGGAGUACGCGUUAUCUGGCGAUAAAGCUCUGCCAUUUGAUGCGGAUGAAAAGGAUCUUCAAAAACAGUCACUUGUGGGCCCAGUGGCCGUGCAGUCCAUGACGAGAGAAGAUGCCCAGGCGUUGCAGUAUAACCGCGGCGCACCACGUCCCCGCCGCACCGUAAGAUUCAGAUUGCGUCCACCAGUGGAUGCUGACAUCCGACAGGCAAGAGGUUUGGGAACCGCAUUGGGCGCGUCUUUGUCAUCCACGGCAAACAAGGCUGAAGCGAGGGUGCAACCGGUGAUUCAAGCGCCUGGUGCACCACGAAAGGUGGCACGACCAAAGAAAAAGCACCAAGAGACCACGGAUAUCAAUGACUCUUCUUCUUCUCCAUCUCAUACCGAAGAGAAAACAAAUUCGGCGGCAUCUGUGUAA